AUGGAAAAUCUAAUUGACCAACAUCGAGAAUUUCUCUCACUUAUUGAUGAAAUGUCUAAUGAGGAUUUUUCUUUAUUUAAUGAAGUGGAAAAUCAAGAUGAUGAACAUCAAGAUAUGCACUUGAAUAUUGAUGACAUGUCUUAUGAGGAACUUCUUCAAUUGGGUGAAAGGAUUGGAAGUGUAUCCAUUGGUUUAUCAAAAGAAACAAUUGCCAUACAAUUGAAGACAAAACUUUUUUCACCAAGCCCCAUUGCUAUUAAUUUGGAGGAAUUACCACCUGAAGAAGAUGGAGAAAAUAACUCUUUCCUAAUAUGUCAGGACAAUUCUUUAAUUUCUUUUACUAACCAAGUAUAUUUAUUAAUUGGAUAUGAGGAGUUUAAGGAUCAGGAGAAGAUUGGUGUUAUCAAAUGCAAGCAUGAAUAUCAUGCAGAUUGCAUACACACAGUGACUGCUUUUAAAGAAUAG